GUGCCACCAUAAGUGUAAUCAUUGACGUCAGCAUCAAUAUUUCAGUUAUUAUUUCUGCAUCCAUUGCAAUUCUGUAUACAUUAGUGGGAGGACUUUAUUCAGUUGCUUAUACUGAUGUGGUCCAGCUGUUCUGCAUUUUCAUAGGACUGUGGAUCAGCGUCCCAUUUGCCUUGUCCCAUCCUGCAGUAACAGACAUUGGGUACACAGCUGUGAAUGAAGUAUACCAAAAACCCUGGCUUGGAACCAUUCAAUCAGCUGACAUAUACACAUGGAUUGACAGUUUCCUCUUACUGAUGUUAGGAGGAAUCCCAUGGCAAGCCUAUUUCCAACGAGUCCUUUCUUCUUCAUCAGCUAUGUAUGCGCAAAUGCUCUCUUUUCUGGCAGCUUUUGGGUGUCUUGUGAUGGCAAUACCUUCGGUACUCAUUGGUGCCAUCGGUGCAUCAACAGCUUGGAAUAAGACUAAUUAUGAGGGCCAAGACCCCAAGCUUCAAAAGAAAGCCGACAUGAUAUUACCAAUUGUUCUUCAAUAUCUUUGUCCAGUGUACAUUUCGUUCCUUGGCCUUGGGGCAGUGUCUGCUGCUGUUAUGUCCUCUGCUGACUCUUCCAUUUUAUCAGCAAGUUCUAUGUUUGUACGGAAUAUAUACCAGCUUUCAUUUCGACAAAGUGCUUCAGACAACGAAAUAGUUUGGGUCAUGCGAAUUACCAUUUUUGUGUUUGGAGCUUCAGCAACAAUGAUGGCUCUGGUAGCAAAAUCCAUUUAUGGUCUCUGGUACCUCAGCUCUGAUCUGGUUUACAUCAUCAUCUUCCCCCAACUUUUAUGUGUUCUUUUUAUCAAGGGAACAAAUACCUAUGGUGCCAUUGCAGGAUAUUUGUUUGGGUUCAUACUUCGAAUUACUGGAGGAGAACCUUAUCUAUCCUUGCAACCUUUGAUUCUCUACCCUGGUUGGUAUCAAGAUGAUGACUUAUAUGUUCAGAGAUUUCCUUUUAAGACAUUAGCUAUGCUUACCUCCUUCUUUACAAACAUUGCAGUGUCCUAUCUAGCAAAAUACUUAUUUGAAAGUGGCACUUUACCGCCCAAACUAGACUUCCUUGAUGCUGUUGUUGCAAAGUACAGUAAGGAGAACAUGGACAAGGCUACUCUUGUGAAAAGUGACAAUAUUGUUCUAAAUGAACUGGCACCAGUGAACCCUCGACACAGUUUGACUCUGAGCUCUACUUUCACAAAUAAAGAGGCCUUCAGUGAUACGGAUUCAAGUCCAGAGGUAUCCACUGCAGAGGGGAAUUGACAACAACCCAGAUGAAGAGAAAUACUGCUUUUGCCUCACCCACAGUGCAACAGGAACCCAAGGAGCACUUCACAGUCAACAGCAGAUCCAUACUUCAUGUUCAAGUUUUAUGACUCAGCUAACAUUGAUCAUCUUCCUAAAUGUCAGUGCGUAUCUCAACAUAAAAAGAAAGAUGAACAUGUUGUGAGUCCAUCACACAAUACUGCACUAUAGAAUAGUCUAAACCAAAUUUGUGCAUAGGGAAGGAUCGAUGGUUGAAAUAUCCUUAUUGAUCUCCCAGAGUAGAUGAUUCAGAUUCAUUGGGCACACUACUCAUAUUUCUCACUCAUCUUGUUUUAUGAGCAUCUGUUAUUGCACUAGAUAUUUUGAGGAGAAAGAUCUCAUCACAGUGUUCAAGCAGAAUUUUCCAUAAAAAGAGAAAUCUGUAACCUUUAUGAUCCUUAGACCAAGUCUAUGAUCUUUGAGCCAAUGCACAGAAUUCAGAGUCACAGAAAGAUAGUAAUGCUAAAGAUUGGGUUAUUUUUUCAUGUGUUAGAAAAAUCUAUAACUUGCACUGGCAACUGAUCAUCGUUAUAUUUCAAGUGUGUACAUGCUCCCAAUUCACCUAGUCAUGAAAACCCAUAGGUUUAAUAGAAAAAUCUGUUUUUCUCCUCUUUUAUAUUCUUGGGCAUGCAUAAGUAAAUGGAGAGAGGAAACAGGAUUCUAUUGAGCCUAUGAACGUUUUCUGUGUCUUGGCAUUGUACCCACAAUGGGAUGGAAUCAUUUGCUUAACCUUAUUCAUUACCAUUAAUUCCAUAUUUAUUGACGAAAACUUGUCAUGAUUCUGAUAUGUCUAUGGUUGUUAAAAUAUAAUUCUAGCAAAAGUGAAAACCUAUUUUUUGAUCCAGGACUGUAGCACCCAUUGGUACUGCUGAGUCAACACAAGCAUGAAGCAGGUAAAAUACUCUAUUGAAGGACUUCUUCAGAGCAGAAUAGGACCAGAGGUGAAGAUAAGCCACCAUUAGCUCACUUUACUUGCAACUCCAGAAUGAGUUCAUUGUAUCUACUAGCCGUAGUACAAUUUUGCACAAGCUCGAAGUUCCAAGGCUCUGGUUGCUUAACAAUAGUAACAGAGAUGGAUAGAAUCAACAUGCACUCCUGUUACAUAACUUCCAUGCUUAGGGGAAGUGAUUCUAAGUAAGCUUUAAAAAAAUUACUUUGUUUCAUCAUCAACAAGACUAGUCAUUUCUAUAUUAUGAAUGUUAUGAGAGACUGAACUGAAUGUAUACUUGAAAGAUACUAAUGAAAUACUUAAAACAAUUGGAUUUUAGCCAUUUAUUUUCAGAGUGAUCAUUAACAUUUAAAAUAUAUUUAAAAUAUUUUAAGUCAUAGGCAGAAACAUGAUCAAUUACCUGUCUACACUUUGUGCUGAUUUGAUCCAAUAAAAUGUGUCAGUAUAUAACUGUAAGUCUGCUAUUUAAACAGGGUAGUAGCUGUAGUUAUUAUUUACUAACAUAUGUAUAUAUAUUGUCUGUCAUAAAUAUAUUUUAAAAAUGGUUGAGUCAAAUAAGAAUUCUGGUGUCAAUAUCUGUGUUUCUCUCUGCAUGUGCAGCAGUAUAUUCAU